UUGCCUGUGGCUGCAGUUAAAAGCAACAAAUGUUUGAGUUUCUUUUGAAUUUCGUAAACAAGCCACUGAUGCGUCUUCACUUCUGCCUCUGACCACAGAGACACCGACCUCGGAGCUGUGAGAUCCGUCAAACACGUACAACCUCCCGAUGUCUCCUAACGCCUCCGUGCCGCUGCACAUCCUCAAGUCCUCUGAGGACGACCACAGGACAGCGGUGGACAUCGACGCCAUCAUGGACACCGUCACCAUCGUCCUCUACACACUGACUGUGGUGCUCGGCAUCACCGGGAACUCCGUGGUGAUCUGGGUGGCUGGAUUCAAGCUCAAGCCGAACGCCAUGAACGUGUGGCUGGUGAAUCUGGCGAUAGCCGACCUGAUCUUCUGCGUCACUCGCUCCUUCUCCCUCGUCAAGAAGUUAUUCUUCGGCAAAUGGCUCUUUGGCGACUUCCUCUGCAAGUUCAACGGCUUCUUCAAAUACGCCAACAUGUUCUGCUCCGUCUUCCUGCUGGCGGUGAUCAGUCUGGACCGGGCGCUCUGCGUCUGGCUGCCGGUCUUCACCAAGCGACGGCGCACCCUGUGUGCGGCGCGGGUGGUGGCGGCCUGCGUCUGGGCGGCGUCCAUCGUCCUCAGCGCUCCGUACUUCGUCUACCGACGGGUCUACCUGGGCAAGAACAACCUGACCAAGUGUUCUUUUGAGGUGAAGGAGUCACAGGGCGACGAAAGCACCAAAGUUGCUCUUUACUCCAUCCGCUUCAUCUGUGGCUUCGUGCUGCCCUUCCUGGUCAUCGUCCUGUGCUACUUCCUCACCGGCCUCGGCAUCCGCCGCACUCGUCUGUCUGGGAAAAAGCGUCCUCUGCGUAUAUUAGCGUCCUUAGUGAUUGCGUUCUUCCUGUGCUGGGCUCCGUACCACUGCCUCCAGCUGGUGAAGAUGGUGGACAGUGACAACAAGGUGGUGAAGAUAUGGCAUCCUCUGGCAAAGAGCAUGGCCUACUUCAACAGCUGCAUCAACCCGCUGCUGUACUUCUGCAUGGGGCUGAACAGGAGGGGCCGCUUCAGGCAGAGUCUGUCGGGGGUGUUCAGGAAGGCUCUGGCAGAGGACGUGGACGGACAGACGACCCAGUCCCACGAGCUGGACGACAGUGGACAAACCGCUGCCGUGGCGACAAGAAGGAGUCAGGCAGUUAAAAUCGAUCAGAUUCAACGACCAAACACGUGACGUGGUUUAAUCACUGUGAAGGGGGGGGGGGAGUUGGACAGUAAAUGUAUGUCAGAGUGAAACUGAAGGAAAUAUCAAUGAAGGGGGAAUCGAACUUUUGGAAUCAGUUCCUCUCCAUCUCCAUCUGACACGAUGUCCUGGCAACAGUCCCGGAAAUGUCCACUAGAGGUGCUAACCCUAACCCCCACCAAUCUUUAUUUGGAUCUGCACCAAUUUACACACACUCAUUAAUAUCCGUCUGCUACAGUAAGAGAAAAAGAAAGGAUGUCUAGUGUUUGCAGUAUAUUAUUCAAGAGAUGUAUUUUAAGAAACUUACAAUUUAGUAGCACUUAAAUGGCACUUAGUUAUAGCACUUUGUAGUUUUGCUUUAUUUUUGAAGAAAUUGUACUUUCUUGACUCUUGUUGUUCUGGGUUUGUUCCCUCGGGGUUGAUGCACUUAUUGUCAGUGGCUUUGGAUAAAAGCGUCAACUAAAUUAAAUGUAAUGUAAAAGUAAUGUACAUAUCUUUUUGUCAUUUAAGAUUCGUUUAGAACAUAUGUAAGGUUUACUCACACCUUCCAAGUUAUUGUGUAAUCCAGCUUAUGAAUAAUGAGAGGGGGAUGAAAACAUAUUCUGUUUGGUGGAGGUGUUAAUCAUUGAAGUUUGAAGUGUUAUGUAUAGAUCGUUUUUGUGAUAAUAAAACUUCUGUAUUCGAACACAAGUUGUGAUGGAGCAAAAA